GUCCCGCCUUUUCCGGUGUCUCAACCAAUGAUGAGCCACCAAACAAUGUGAGGAAGUAGGUGCCGACACAUUGACGGCAGCGGGAUGGCGAACACAGUCAACAAGGAGGUCUCCUAUGAGGAUCUGAAAGCUCUUCUAGAAAAGAGCGAGAAUCUCUUCCUGGUUGACGUUCGCUCCCAAGGUGAAGUGGAUAAAGGGCGAAUUCCAGGAUCUGUUCACAUCCCAGUGGAUACAGUCGAAGCUGCGUUUGCAAUGCAACCAGAAGAAUUCAAGUCCAAGUAUGGAGUGACCAAGCCACCGAUGGACGCCCCUGAGCUGGUGUUUCACUGCCAAAUUGGCAAGCGAGGUGGAAUAGCCACGAGCAAGGCCCAAGAGCUAGGAUACGUGAAUGCUCGUAAUUAUGCUGGAGGAUUCAGGGAGUGGUCUGAGAGAGAAGGGAAGUGACUCAUGUUGAAGGAAUGCUUCAUAUGUAUUUAUAAAAAGUAGCAAUUGUGGAAGCUUAAGAAAAAAAA